ACUGGGGCCGGCGCCGGGCCAGGGAGCGGGGCUGCGGCGGACGCGGACCCAGCCCGGGGCGGGCGGCCGGCAUCUCGGAGCCUCACAGCCGUCCCAGCCUCGACCUUGGCGGACCACUGCCGCUUCCCAGUCGUUGCCCGCCGGGCGGGGCGGGCGUGAUGCGCCGCGGGACCCCUGCCCUGGCCUCGGGCCGCCGCCGCCGUCGCCGCUGAGAUUCCCCUCCUCCCCUUCUUCUCCCUCCCCGCUCCCCGAAAACGCCCGGGCGUCGCCGCAGCCAUGGAGAGCGGCCCGCACGCGGAGCCGGGUUCCGGCGCAUCCCCAGCUGUGUUAUCCAGGAUCCCCCCAGAGCCAAGACCUUCUCCAGAAGGCGACCCUUCUCCACCUCCACCACCACCACCGACGUCAACCCUGGUCCCUGACACUCCCCCAGAUACCCCUCCUGCAAUGAAGAAUGCCACUAGCCCUAAACCAGAGAGCCCUGCAGAGCAGGUUGAGCCCAGACCAGCCCUGCUGCAGGAAGAAUCCCCUUCCUCAGACUCAAAGAGCAGAGGACCCACCCCACCAGCCUCAGGCCCAAGGGAUGCCAGGCCUCCUCGAAGGAGCAGCCAGCCCUCGCCAACAUCAGUGCCAGCCUCUGACAGCCCUAAGCAAGAUGUCAAGAAGGCAGGAGAGAGACACAAGCUGGCAAAGGAGCGGCGAGAGGAACGGGCCAAGUACCUGGCGGCCAAGAAGGCAGUGUGGCUAGAAAAGGAGGAAAAAGCCAAGGUGCUACGAGAGAAACAGCUCCAGGAGCGCCGGCGGCGGCUGGAGGAACAACGGCUGAAAGCUGAACAACGCCGGGCAGCCCUGGAAGAGAGGCAGCGGCAGAAGCUCGAGAAAAACAAGGAGCGCUAUGAAGCAGCCAUCCAGCGGUCAGUGAAGAAGACAUGGGCUGAAAUCCGGCAGCAGCGCUGGUCCUGGGCAGGGGCCCUGCACCACAGCUCCCCAGGACGUAAGACUAGUGGGAACAGGUGCUCCGUGUCGGCAGUAAACCUGCCCAAACACGUGGACUCUAUAAUCAACAAGCGGCUCUCAAAGUCCUCUGCCACACUCUGGAACUCCCCCAGUAGAAAUCGCAGCCUGCAGCUGAGCGCGUGGGAGAGCAGCAUCGUGGACCGUCUGAUGACGCCCACCCUCUCCUUCCUGGCUCGGAGUCGCAGUGCGGUCACCCUGCCCCGAAAUGGCCGCGACCAGGGUAGGGGCGGCGGCCCUGGGAGACGCCCCAUCAGGGGCCGGGCAGGGGCCAGCCUCGGGCCUGGACCGCACCCCGACCGCACUCAUCCCUCUGCAGCCGUGCCCGUGUGCCCGCGCUCGGCCUCCGCCAGCCCCCUGACACCUUGCAGCGCCCCUCGAAGCAGCACGCACCGCUGCACCCCCGCCGGGGAGCGCGGGGAGCGGCGCAAGCCCGGCGCAGGCGGCAGCCCCGCUUUGGCUCGCCGCCGGCCGGAAGCCUCGCCGGUGCAGAAGAAAGAGAAGAAGGAUAAGGAGCGGGAAAACGAGAAGGAAAAAAGCGCCCUAGCCCGGGAGCGCAGCCUUAAGAAGCGCCAGUCCCUCCCUGCCUCUGUGCGCCUCUCCACAGGCGCCUCCUCCCAGCCCAGCCCUAAGUCGAAGGCCCGGACGUCCUCUCCCUCCACAUCCUGGCCUAGGCCUGCCUCUCCUUGCCUUAGCCCUGGGCCUGGCCACACUCUGCCUCCAAAACCACCCUCCCCCCGAGGCACCACUGCAUCACCCAAGCGGCGAGUUCGGAGGAAGGAGGAGGCAAAGGAGAGCCCCAGCCCAGCAGGGGCUCAGGACAAGAACCAGGACAAGGGCAGGGCCAGUGAUGAGAAGGAGCCCCCAGGCCCAGCCUCACCAGCACCCUCACCCGUGCCCUCACCCACCCCAGCCCAGCCCCAGAAGGAGCAGCCCAUUGCGGAGAUCCCUGCAGAGAUUCCUGUCCUGAUCUCAUCCCCAGCCCCUGCUCCACCGGUGACCCCUAGCAAACCCAUGGCCGGCACCACAGACAGAGAAGAGGCCACUCGUCUCCUUGCUGAAAAGCGGCGUCAGGCUCGGGAACAGCGGGAGCGGGAGGAACAGGAGAGGAGACUACAGGCUGAAAGGGACAAGCGAAUGCGGGAAGAGCAGCUGGCACGAGAGGCUGAGGCUCGGGCUGAACGUGAAGCCGAGGCCCGGAGGCGGGAGGAGCAGGAGGCCCGAGAGAAGGCACAGGCUGAGCAGGAAGAGCAGGAACGGCUGCAGAAGCAGAAAGAGGAAGCUGAAGCCCGGUCUCGGGAAGAAGCUGAGAGACAGCGUCUUGAGCGGGAAAAGCACUUCCAGCGGGAGGAGCAGGAGCGGCAGGAACGCAAAAAGCGUCUGGAGGAGAUAAUGAAGAGGACUCGGAAGUCGGAAGCUGCUGAAACCAAGCAGAAGCAGGACAGAAAGGAGGCAGCAGCUAACAAUUCCAGCCAAGACCCAGAGAAAGUUGUGGAGGCUAGGUCCUCAGGCCUGCACAAGGACACUAUGCAGAAAGAGGAGCUGGCCCCCCAGGAGCCACAGUGGAGCCUGCCAAGCAAGGAGCUGCCAGGAUCCCUGGUAAAUGGUCUGCAGCCUCUCCCAGCACACCAGGAGAACGGCUUCUCCCCUAAGGGACCUUCUGGGGACAAGAGUCUGGGCCGAACACCAGAGGCACUCCUGCCCUUUGCAGAGGCAGAAGCCUUUCUCAAGAAAGCUGUGGUGCAGCCUCCUCAGGUCACAGAAGUCCUUUAAGCAGUUGCCUUGGAUCCAGGUGCGGCUAUGAAGGCUCCUCUGCAUCGUCUACCUAGAUGUCUGCAGAAGAAAGAGACAGAGCAAAGAUGGAAGUGGCCUAGGCCCCUGGGGGUGGGUCCUCUCUGUUGUUUUUAAUCUGCACCUUAUAGACUGAUGUGUCUUUGGCUGGAGCCAGACCCUGCCCCUCAGUGCAUUCGUGUGCUCACACGCGCGGUCACCUCUCCCCCUACACACACAUACACUCACAGCCUUUCUGGCCUCCCCCUGGGGAAGGGCCACCUGUAGUAUUGCCUUGGUUUGGUGGGGUACAGUGGAUGUGAAUACUGUAAAUAGCUUGUGCUCAGACGCCUCAGCGUGGAGGGGGCGGGAGGCAGACCUUCCUCCCAAGGCUUCCUGGGGAGAUCUUCCUCCCUCUAUUUAACUGUAACUGAGGGGGAACUCAGGUCUGGGAAUGGGGGGCACCUUGGGCCACAGGAUACUGGUUGCUUCAGGGGUAACCAUGCCCCCUGCCCUCACCUGGAAUCAGUGUUAUUGCAUCUGAUCAAACUUCUCCAGAAAUAAAGUGAGAAUAAUUCUGCCAA